AUGCCCUGGAGGGGGAGGGGGCUUCUUGGAUGUGAGUCAGACGUCCUGUCCACAGUGCUGGGAGGGGACCACGCUGAGGAAGAGAUCCAGCAGUGGAAAGCAGAGGUGGAGUGGGGGAGAGAGGAGAAAGCCAGCCCCUCUAGUAACACACCACCCUUUGCUCUGUGCGAUCAGCAUGAAUGGAAAGACAACGUGAAGCUGCAUCUGUUGCCAAAGAGGUUGUAA